UGUGGCAGCAGCCGUGCAAACACGACCGUCCAGCCUUGAGUAAAGUCCAGCAGGAGGAGGAGAGGGGGGCAUCCAGAUCCAAAAAAGAGGUUAGCGGUUAGUUUUGCUCGCUUCAGUCCAGAUCAUCUGCACCACCAACACCACCACCAGCACCACCAGCACCACCACCCCGCCGCGCUCGUCGUGUAGAGUUAUGGAUCUGCUCCACAGUUGGGGGGUGAGUCUGGCCAUCCGUCUGCAGUCAGAGUUCAGCGCCUACGAAAGCUGGUUCCAGCGGAUCUCCUCUGUGGCUGAUCUCCACACCACCUUCUUCAUCUUCUUCCCCGUUUGGUUCCACCUGAAGAGGGACGUGGGCGUCAGGCUCAUCUGGGUGGCCGUGCUCGGAGACUGGCUCAACAUGGUCCUAAAGUGGGUUCUGUUCGGAGAGAGGCCGUACUGGUGGGUACGUGAGACCGGGUUUUACGGUGCCGAGGCCGCGCCCGCUCUCAGACAGCUUCCCAUCACCUGUGAGACCGGACCAGGAAGCCCCUCCGGUCACGCCAUGGGCUCCGCCGCGGUGGGGUACGUGAUGGUCACGUCGGUGCUAGCCAUCGCCGCUCAGAGGAGACCUCCCGCCACGCUCUACUGGCUCCUACAGUUGGUUUUAUGGACGCUGUUGGCGCUAGCCGAGCUGUCGGUCUGCAUGUCGCGCGUCUACGUCGCCGCCCACUUCCCUCACCAGGUGAUCUGUGGCGUAGUCUCAGGUAUCGUGGUAGCCGAGAUGUUGUCGCGGCAGCGCUGGAUCUACGCCGCCGGUUUGCAGACGUACCUCGGCGUCACUUCCUUCCUGCUGGUCUCCGCCGUGGGCUUGUACGUGCUGCUGAAGGGCGUGGGCGUGGACCUGCUGUGGACUCUGGAGAAAGCCCAGAGAUGGUGCGUGGACCCGGCGUGGGUGCACAUGGACACCACGCCGUUCGCCAGCCUGCUGCGUAACGCCGGCACGCUGUUCGGUCUGGGUCUGGGGCUGAGCAUGGCGGUCCGGGCCGAGCGUACGGGCGUGGCCGUCGGGGUCGUGUGUAUCCUGAUGUCCCUGGUUCUUCUGCAGAUCUUGGACUGGUUGACGUUCUCCUCGGACGACGAGGUUUUGUUCUACGCGCUGUCGUUCGUUAAGAGUGGCGCCGCCCUUCUGGUGCCCACCGCGCUCGUACCUCGAGGUGUAGCUCUGUUUCUACACGGGAGGAAAGAGGAUUAGACCUCACACCCCACUGAUGAACGUUCCAGUCGUACAACCAACAGGACUGAUGGACGUUAGUGAUUGUUUACAUUUGUUUGUUCUUUAGUUUUAAGGUGAGAAAAGUAGCAAAAGUUUUGGGACACGAUGCAGACAGCGUUAUUUUAAUGAUUGAUGAUUCAGUGCAGCCGUGAUCGUAACAUCGUCUGUUUGGUCUGUUGGAGGAAAUCGGAGCGCCCGGAGCAAACCCACACUGACACGGGGAGAACAUGCAAAAUACACACAGAAAGGACCCGCCUAAGAAUGGAACCCAGGACCGCAAUGCUAUGAGGUGGCAGCACUACCCACUAAAUGUAAAGAAAUCUGUCUAUCUGUCUAUCUGUGAGUCUAUUUGUCUGUCUAUUUGUCUACCUGUCUGUCUGUUGAUUGAUCGAUCGGACGGUCAGUCUGUCUGUCUGUCUGUCUGUCUGUCUGUCUGUCUAUUUGUCUAUCUUACCUGUCUGUCUAUUUGUCUACCUGUUUAUCUAUCUAUAUAUCUGUCUGUCUGUCUGUCUGUCAAUCAGUCUAUCUGUCUGUCUGUCUGUCUGUCUGUCUGUCUGUCUGUCUCUCUAUCUGAAUCCCUCUGUUGUGUUAUUGAUGUAUGACCGGAUACACCGGCGUGGUUCUGUACGGUGCAGGUAGAACCCUGCGGCCCUGUCAGUCCCAGAAUCCUUCAGUACAAGCCUUUGCUGUGUCUGUGUAUCUGAAUCACACCGGCGCAUUCACACACCGCUCACGUAUUUCAAAAACAAAGAAAAACACGUCCAAAGUUCCCUGUAUCAGCUCCUGCACUCUGAUCCCGCAUUCUGUUCACGCUGGCUCGUAAAAUCCUGGGUUACUGAUUGUCCGCGAGGCCGCGCGAGGCCGUCGGGUGUUUACGUACGCUGUCGAGUGGGUUCGGCUUCUCUAACACAACUACUGGGAUCUAGUUACGAGCCAUGCACAACACACUGCUGUGUUAAAGUGUGUGAGCACCUGACUGUACGCUGGCUGCUCUUCCUAUGUCAAAUCCGUGUGUGUGUGUGUGUGAAUCCCUCCACAAGAUGUUCCAAUUCAUCCCAGAGGUGUUGUCAAUGGGCGCAAGGCACACAGUAACACCCUGGACGGGGCGCCAGUCCAUCGCAGGGCACACACACACACACACACACACACACAACUACAGGGCAAUUCAGUGUCUCCAGUUAACCCGACUGCAUGUUUUUGGACUGUGGAAGGAAACCGGAGCUCAGACCCGGGGAGAACAUGCAAACUCCACACAGAAAGGACCCGGACCGCCCCGCCUGGGAAUCGAACCCAGGACCUUCUUGCUGUGAAGCGACGUUGCUACCCGAAUGUAGAGUUAGGAAUUUCUAACCCUCCUGUCCGCUGUGUAAAUUCUGCACACAGGUUUUUGGAGGUUCCCUGGUAAUUCUUGUUCAGUUAAACUAGCCCUGUUUAUAUGGACGCUAAAAGGAAUACUAAAAAAUUAGUAAUAAUUUGCUGUUUGUAUAUUUGUGUAUUUGGUUAAAUAAACAAUAAUUUGUG